AGUCGAAUGAGCACCGUAGAUAUUUGACAGCUUCACAGGUGAGAGAAGCGGCUAAAGGCUGUCCACACUUUGCAUUUCUAUUUUACCCCCCCGGGCGCACCGUUCACAGUGAGCCUGGGUUUGCCACAGUCAAAAAUCAACCUCUCGAAGACCAAUUACUCCGGCAGCAUGAGCAAAAAGAAAAAGGAUUGGAAGACUGAAAAAGAGAGACUUCUCCGCAUGGACCGUGAUGAGAGACGUAAGGAGGGCUAUCGUUGUCAAGAUUAUAUAAGUCUGGACAAGAUUCCAACCUGGAGAGAAGAAAACUACUCUGAUAGAAAAGAAGAUGGGAAGCUUUUGACAGGUGGAGGCGGCCUGAAUGACAAAGUAUCUCUCUAUCAAGGUGACAUUACUGUCCUGGAGGUGGAUGCAAUUGUCAAUGCUGCAAAUUCAAGUCUACUUGGAGGAGGAGGUGUGGAUGGCUGCAUACACAGAGCGGCAGGUUCCUGUCUCUUUGAUGAGUGUCAAACACUAAAUGGCUGUGGAACCGGCAAAGCCAAGAUCACCUGCGGCUAUGAUCUCCCUGCAAGAUUUGUGAUCCACACCGUGGGCCCGGUGGCCAGAGGUCAUGUGGGCCCCACCGAGACCAAUGACCUCACCUCCUGCUACCAGAACUCCCUCAGGCUGAUGAAGGAGUAUGGCUUGAGCACUGUGGCCUUCCCGUGUAUUUCCACAGGAAUCUAUGGGUUUCCCAAUGAGCCUGCAAGUGACAUUGCCCUGAACACAGUUAAAAGUUGGAUCGAAGAGAAUCCUAAUACAAUCACACGCGUCAUUUUCUGCAUCUUCCUAGAAACUGACUUAACCAUCUACAAGAAGAAAAUGUCCAUUAUUUUUGAAGACAAUGAGAUGGAGGUUCCAGACGAGCAUCUGAAGGGAGAUAACACAUCACCGUCUACAAAAUCAACAGCCAAGGAUGACAGUGACAAUAACAGAGGAAAAGAAGCGGAAGCAGGUGAUGAAGACAAGGCUGAUGACGAUGCGGAAGGAAUUGAAGACGUGGUGAUGGAGAGUCAGAACCUAGAUGAAGAUUUGGGCCUUGAGGAGCUGAAUCAAGAGGAGGAUGAAAAUAACAGUCAAGGCCAAUGUGACGAUAUGGGAAGUGAACACAAUGAACAUCAGGACACUGUCAUUGAAAGCAAGGAUCAAGAUGAAGACAAAGCAGAUGAUGAGCUAACUGCUGCAAAGACAGGAGAAAAAGAAACUGGCAAAUCCACUGUGGAGAUGAAAGAUGCCUCCGAGACCACACCUGGCACCAGCGCUGAAGAGGGGAUAAAAGAUCAUGUUGAGAGUUCAGGGGAACACGAAUCCAUAGUGUCUAUCAGCAUGAAGUCCAAAGACGCUGCUGAGAAGAAAGACUGACCGCCUGAGGGAAGGACAAUCAACCUCAUCUGACAGCCAGCAAUUUGACUGAAGGCCAUUCACACGAGAAUCAGACAAGCCCAAUGGCGAUUUGGGUGCUGCCGCCGGUUCAGGACAUCCCGUUAUUCACAUAUCCAAUUUGGUUUUGCCCAUUUCUUAUUU